UGUCAUUGUGCAGUGAAUGGUUAAAUGUACGUGAAGUUUCAGUGUGGGUGUAGAUGAGCAAUCGUCUCCAGUGGGGCGUGGCCUGUACCUGUAUAAAUGAAAGCAUGUCUGGAAUGUCAUUCAUUGCACUGACCAACACAAAGACAGCACAAACAAAACGAACUUGCCAUGCAGAACUCAAUAGCACAGUGCUUUCUCCUUUCUGUAUGGGCUGUUAUUUUUAGCUCUUGUCUGAGAGAGAGUACAGCUCAACAGGGGCAUGAGGAAACGUACAAGGGCCUGCAGCUUGAGGCUCUGAAGAGCAUUAUUCUGGAGUACCUCGGGAUGGAUGCGCCACCCGGGCCUGGAGGAAGAGCUUCUCAUCAGGACCUGGUCAGGAUGUACCGUCAGUAUAGGAGAAUGGGACACUUGCUUAAGGGCAACUCCAGUGAGGAACAGGAGCUUCAGCCUGCAAGAAGAGCCUCUACGGUGCUCUUUCCCAAAACAGUACAGCUCCUGAAUUCUUCCGUGGAUUCCCAGAAGCAGUGGUUCAGAGCUGUCUUCUACAAAAACUCACGCAUUAAAACUGGAGUCAACCUCAAACAUGCAAGGCUGCAAAUUAAGAGACCACACACAGACAAAAUCACACCAGGCCAGCCGUGGCUCUCAAAAGACGUUGUGGUUAGAAUGCAUAAACCUCCUGGUUUUCAUACAGAGACUGUAUUUCACGCGGGGGACCUGAGCUCUCGGGAUGUUACGUUGGAUUUGACAUUUGCGGUUAAGAAGUGGCUUAAGGACAGCAGUGCUGAGCUUUUAGUUAUUGAAAUUUGCCUCCUUAAAAAACAAGAAGUGAGUACACAAUCCACGCCUCAGCUUGUUUUACAACUUGACCAAGCAGUGAGGAGACGAAACAAGAGAGCCCUGUCUACUAGAGAGGAAAGCGUUGAUGAUGAAAGUCACUGCAGGCGAAAGUCUUUAAACGUUUCUUUCAAAGACAUCGGCUGGUCAGACUGGGUUAUUGCUCCCUCGGGCUACACUAUGCACUACUGUGAUGGUUCCUGCCCACACAAUUAUAAACCUGCUAGUAUGCAUACGCAGGUAAAGUCUCGUCUGCAUCUCUUGUCUAAGGGAACAACACCCGGGCCUUGCUGUGUACCAGCUGCAUAUGAGCCAAUGGUUCUCAUGCACUAUGACAGCCGUGGAAAGUUGAAGCUCACGCCUUUCAACGAUUUGAUAGUUAGUAAAUGCCACUGCGCUUGAACAGCACUGGCACUGGUUAUCCACUGAACACUGUAUUCUCAAAAGAGAAGAUGAAAAGGAAGCAAAAUAUCUAGCUGAUAAAAUGCAAAUCAAUUUUAUCACCCCCAUGUGGUUACAUUACUUAGGUUUGGCUUCUUAAGGAAACCAGAUGCGUGCUUUUCUGCAUAACACUGAAAUGGGUACUGUAUUUCCAUGUGAUUGACUUGCUGGAAUAUCAAGUUAUUUAUUGUAAUUUAUUUUAAAUGUUUUUGUACUCGUUUGUUGCUUUGUUGUGAAUGAAUCAAGAAACCUUUUGUAUUUUUGAAAGAAUGUUAAUAAAGUUUAUCGCUUUAAGGAG